CAAGGUAGACGUCAGUAUCAUGAGUUACUGGAGGACCAUGACUUCAGAAGUUAAAUAUAUAUGUCCCAGCAUUCGGUCCACUGUCACAAGUACUGACACUCCUGUUGCACCGCUACCAUACAAAGCCGCGUUUGUGAAUCUUAAAGUCUCACACAUAGUCUCACUUCUACCCACUCAUAAGCACACCUGCACCAAUCCGAACACCGCCCCCUACCACAAUCAACACUACCACAUCAAUCCAAAUCCAAAUCCAGCAACAUGUUGUUCGCCAUCUCCAGACCCAAGAUUCCUGGUGAGACCCAGCCUCUUGAUGGUGGUCGUAAGUCAUUCCCAAAAGUAUGGUUAUUGAGUUCCUUUGCUAACUGCCACAACAGGCAAGCCGCUACCCCAGUCCGACAAAUGAAAGAAAGGCUGCGCCUUCUCAACCAAUCAGCCACCACCAACGCCAAUCUCCUGCAUUUUGGGCACACCAUACGUUCUGUUUCGGAAACCGAUUUCGCAUUCGUCACCACGAUCGAAAAAAGCACCUCAGCAUGUUGCAGUGCAACAGCGUCGCUUUUGUUUCGCAACCCGGCAGUUGUUCCCCUGGCCCCCGUCUGCCCUGUUAGCCGGUCCGAGAUGCACCAUCGUCAAGAUGCGAGUGCGAGGCGCAGCACCACAGCGUCGACCGAUUGGGAGAAUGCUGCCACGGGCUGUGUUUACUCCGGUCAAUGAUAAUGGGCACAAGAGUCACCAAAAACACGACCUGGGGCCGUUACUUAUCGAUGGGCUCAAACUUGCAAAAAGAUGCCUGGAGUGCCUUGAGUGCGCCGUGCCGCGGUGUGGCUCUU